AUGCCCUUCUUCCAGCCCCCAAAGACCGGGAAGGCCAAGCGCAAAAUCAAGGCCUACUAUCAGCCGACUCUCCGCUCCCUGGAGACACUCCUGAGAGACUACCGGGGAUAUUGCGACACGAGAGCCGAGGGGGAGAGCAUCGCAGCAACCGCGGAAACCCCUAUGACCAUGAAAUGCCGCACGCAGAAAGGCCAGCAGAACUCACCGGCAGAGCAGCGCGAUGUCGGGGAGAUGCUGCGACGCCAGACACAACCCAAGAUGGCCGCGGAAGAGGCCCCCUCCGCACCCAUGCGGCCUGUACAGCCAGCCCAAGCUCCGGCAACGCAAACAGAGGGGUCAUUAAGUAAAACACUCCCAGCCCUCACAGAAAUAGGGGAACACAAUUUAGCCACCAAACAAGACCUCCAACGCUGGAUGCACAAGCUCCAAGACCUAAUAGCCAAAGAUAUAGGCACUAUAAAAGCGGACGUGCGCCAAAAUACGGACAGAGUACACGCAGUGGAGGAGAGUGUAUCGACAAUAGGCAACGAGAUAACUCACAUUAAAGAAACGUUAUACACAAUGCUAGCCGUGCAGGUCUCCACCCAAGGGGACCACCUGCGCCGCAAUCACAUCAAGCUCCGAGGGGUGCCCGCGGCAAUCACACAGGCCGAACAGCCUCAUUUUCUAAGGAGGCUCCUGGCCACAAUCCUGCCACCAGCAGCUGCCCGAAAAAUCACACUGGAGUGCUCAUAUCGACUGCCGGCAGGGCCCAACUCACCACCGACAGAAGCACGAGACAUCAUCCUAUGCUGUGCCACGACACAGGAUAGAAUCACUAUAAUGAAUGCGGUGAAAGGAAAGACACCCCUGGCAUUCGAGAAUGCACAACUGCUCUUCUUCCAAGACCUGACAAGAGCAACACUGCAAUGGCGAAAAACGAUGUACAACCUCACCAGCCGCCUGAGACAAGUGGGAAUACAAUACCGCUGGGGGGCACCUAGGGUCAUAAAGUUCACCCACAAAGGCAGCACAUAUAGAGCCACGUCGGAGACUGAAAUCCCUGCAAUUUUAACCUCACUGGGACUCAUGGACUUACACAAGAACGGAGCCACGAAUACCUCGUCCCCAAUGGGAGAUCCUGCCACAACAAACUCAUUCACACCUCUAUCCCAGAGAAGCACAAAUACAAAUUCUUGA